AUGCCUACUCCAAAAGUUCUCAGAGUCGGAAAGAUUUCAUUUGCUCAUGAAAAAUGGGACGAGAUUUCGAAAUUGGUUGAAGUUGUUGAUUGUGAAUCUGCCAAUAGAGAAGAGUUUUUUCAAGAUUUAAAAGGUAAAUACAAAGAUGUCACUAAUAUCUUGCGUACAUUUGCCUCAAUUGAACAAACUGGGAGAUUUGAUGAAGAAUUGGCUCUGCAUAUGCCAGACACAUUAGUUUCUGUAAGUCAUACUGGUGCUGGUUAUGAUCAAGUUGAUAUUGAACCAUUUACUAAAAGGGGUGUCCAAGUAUCCAAUGUCACAGUCCCCGUAGAAGCUCCCACUGCUGAUACCGCUUUGUACUUGACUUUAACCUGUUUGAGAAACUACCAACAAGGACAUGAAUUGAUGAUGAAAGGCGAAUGGCCUAAAAAGGGAUUCGCCGGUGCUAAAUUGGGAAGAAGUCCCGAAGGUAAAGUUGUUGGUAUUUUAGGGAUGGGUGGUAUUGGAAGAGCCAUUAGAGAUCGUUUGAAACCAUUCGGUUUCAAAGAAAUCAUCUACCAUAAUAGAAGUCAAUUGAAACCAGAGUUGGAAAAUGGUGCUAGGUACGUUAGUAAAGAUGACUUGUACAAGCAAGCUGACGUAAUUUGCAUCAGUGUACCAUUGAAUGCCCAUACACGUCACUCAAUCAACAAAGAAGAAAUUUCCAAGAUGAAAGAUGGGGUGAUUAUCGUUAAUACUGCUAGAGGUGCUGUGAUUGAUGAGUUGCAAAUACCCGAAUUGAUCAAAUCGGGUAAAAUCGGUGCUUUUGGUGCUGAUGUAUUUGAAAAUGAACCACAAGUUUCUCAAGAAUUGCUUGAUUUCCCCAAUGUUGUCAGUUUACCCCACAUGGGAACGUAUACUUAUGAAGCUAUCAAGAAUAUGGAAGAAUGGGCAGCUGAUAAUGUUGAAGUUUGUUUAAAGACUGGUAGAGUCAAGUCAAUUGUACCUGAACAGUAUGAUAUGAAAAUUGAUGCAAAACCAUUGAUAUAA